UCAUGUGACCAGGAAACCUGCAGACAAAAACAAGCAGAGGAAAAGAGAGGGUUUGUUAACAUCGAUGGGCAAGAUGUCGUACCUGCGGGGUCUCCUGGCCGUGGUUGUCGUGGCAACGGUAGCCGCGGUGUUGGGUGACGAGAUGACGCAGCUCUACAGUCCUGACGUGGUCGAGGCGGCGGAGUUCGCUGUGGCCUUCCAGAACCGCAUCAGCAACUAUCCCUACGCCUACAAGCUGAUGUCCAUACUCUCUGGAACAUCACAGAUCUACCCCCCGGCCAGGCUGAAGUAUGAGAUGAUGGUGAAGGUGGGAGAGACGCUCUGUAAGAACGCCGGCAAAGUCAACCUGACCGACUGCAAACUACGCGCACCCAACACAGAGACUAUGACGUGCCAGUUUGUGGUGCUGGGUGUUCCCAACGCAGCCUUCCCCAGCAACAGCUACCUGCUCUCCAACAAGUGCAACUGAACACACACACAAAGA